CGCGUUGCGUAGUCGUUCAAAAUAACUAAUCGAAAGCUGUUAAUCAAGUUGGUGUGUCAGAAACAACGCUUCAUUCUUUUUACUAUGCCAAAAACGAUAUCGACAUUACAGACACCUUUUCAAAAUCUAAAGUUUAUAGCAAUGCUCUAUAGAAUAAUGGGUUUAUUUUCGUGUAAAUUAAUAAAAGGUCGAUUAAAACCAAGUGCUUGUGGCCGUUAUUAUUGUGCAUCAUGGAUAUUGAUUCAUUGUGCAUACUCAGGUGUGUUUUAUUAUGACAUGUACGUGCUAUCGCUUAAAGAAGAAAGUGAAUCAAAAAUUAUCUUUUUUUUUACUUUACGGUUUACUGCUUUUAUCGCCUCGUUAAUUCCUUACAAUUGGGUGGCCACUUUCCAGGACCAAGAUCUUGUCAUGUUUUCCAACAAACUAGAAACGUAUGAUGACAGAGCGAGAGCAUUAGGACACGAAAGAAAAGACAACCACAUAUUCAUAUGGCUAUUUUUCGUAUUAACAGCAGGGAAUCUGACUAGAAAGACAUACUACGCUAUUGAGAGCAAAGUAGCUGACGAAACAAUAGAAAUAAUAAAAAUAAUAUUCGAAGAAAUUGUUCCCUUUACCGUAGGCACAUAUUGCCUCUAUAUAACUGGCAUAUUUUUGGACUUGAUACGCCAACGUUUCCGUCAUCUGAAUGAAACGAUAAUACCUUUCGUUUCACAGUCACCUGUUAUCAAAUCGUCAGGGGAAAUCACGAUCUAUGACGUGCGCUGUUUACAUUGCGUGCUCAUCCAUAGUGCGAAUCUGAUAAAUAAAUUGUACGGUAUAGGUAGCUUGCUCACCUCCUUCUCUAUAUUGAUAGAAUGCGUCGCAUGUAUAUAUGCAUUCGCAACAGACGGCAUAGAUGGAAAUGAGGUCGUAACUAUGCUGGAUUUACUCUUUCAAGCCUUUUACAUGUACACAAUGUAUCAUUUUGUGACUUAUGAAGCAAAUCGUGUUAAAGAUCGUGUGCUAAAAUAUGGGCUAUUCUUUCAAAACAACAAAUAUCGCAUGGACAGAACUGAGACAAUGUUAUAUUUUUAUCAUAAUAAAUAUACUUUCACGGCUGCAGAAUUCUUCGUACUAGAUCUAACUGUAUUAUUUAAGAUGAUUUCUGCUACAUUAGCAUUUGUAUUGAUAUUAAUAUAA